AUGUUGCUAGCACAGUUGAGGGAGGUGCAUCGCGGGUUGUCUCCCCCGCAAUCUAAUCAGUCGGCUAUCGGAGGCAAGUGCAGCGAGACCCGUCCGCUGCCGCCUUCCCACCACCAGCGACAACCGUCUGCCAAAGAGGGCAGCCAAUCACAUUACCUCUCUAAAGGGUAUAAUGGGUACUCCAAAGUAGCGAGCACGUCUUAUUGCUCAACCACCGCUGGUAAUCCUAGCGAUAACGCCAUUUUCGCCCCAAAGCACUCAAACCCGCCUCUUUGGUGCUGGCUCCGUCUACGGCUUUGCCAACCAACUGCCUCUGCCCGCCUUCAGCUCAACCAGCACCAGCAACGAAUCUCAAAGCCUACCGUACAGAUCACUGCAAUAGAGAUAGAAAGGACGAGAGAAAGACAAGAGCAUCAAACCUUUUAUUCCACCGACGCCCCUUUCGAAUCAGCCGCUAUUAAGAACACACCGAUCCCUUCCUACUACGAACAAACAUUCGCAACCUACACUAUCUACAUAGUACUUCGAAUAUCUCUCGAUCCAGCCUCGGACGAACCCAGACCGCACCCUCCCACAACCUCACACACUACUUCGAUCACGACACCGACACCCUCAAAGGCGACGACGGUGCACUGCGACCACGAUACUUUCCUCCCUUCCUCCCUCCUUCAACUCCGUUCGCCUCGUCUGAACCUUGUCGCACCCCUCCCCUUACUGUUCGUAGCUAUCGGGCAACAAGACCUUACCCUCUCCUCUCUCCGCCGCCAAACAAAUCCGUCGCAAUCAGCAGGCCAACAAGGACGAGAACAGAAGAAGAAAGCAUCUAGACGACUUCCACCGCUGCGCGCAGACCACAGCACCCCUCCUCCCCCGGCCGACGAAUCACCAGGGGCUCAACCUGCCAAACCUGCCUCGAGUCUCAACACAAACGCCCGCGCGCGACUUCGACAAACUGCACUCGAAUUGCGUGCCCUCUGUGCAAAUUCCAUCCGCAACGACACCCCUCAGAACCAGUCGGAAUCCGUUCCUGCAGAUCGUCCGGGGCAUCCAUCUUGGGCAGCUGCUCAGAGAACCUAUACUCAGACACCCCAUACUCUUUUUCCACCAAAAAAGAUACACGCCAAUCCUCUUCCAGUACCUGUGACGCCAGGUCUCUCUCCACAAAGUUCCUACCCGAAAUCGACCUUCCCCUGGCUCGCACGCCAUCGCCAGGUCCUCUCGCCUCACCAACACCCAAAACGCCCAUCGGCCACGACUGUCACUCUGUCACUCCCUCCCCGUGUCACUCACUGUACCGCUGUGUUCCUCAUUGUACACCUCCCCUACCGCCGCCCGCGACACCAACAAACCCAACCGAACGGCUUCCGUCUCGCCCCGGAUGAUUUGACACCAUUCACCCCAACUGUUCUCACGUCAACCGUCCCGGAUCCCCGGAGCCUGAACCUAAACUUGAACAUGGGCCUCGACCACAACCUCGACACCAAUAACUCGUCGCCCAGUCACCGCCAUGACGAGCUCGCCUCGACUUCUCCUUCCUCUGACUACUUCAAGAACACACCGACUUUCACCGCUACUGCCGACGUAAACUCCACACCACUCUCCUCCUCUACCUCCCAUCACAACCACAACCACACACUUGCUCCCAACGCCGCUGCCGCCGCCAACGAUGUGACUACUGUGAACCAUCCAUCCAGAGACAACUGCGACAGACGGAGACCUGACGAAGGAGAAGUCUCAAAGUUCCCCGCGAACAUGCCUACCCAGCUCGUCGGCCAGACAGUUACCCCCUUCCUCCGAGAACACAUCCCCGGCAUCUACGCUCCCAUCGGCAAACCCGAUGUCCAAAACGAAAACAACAAUUCCCUCAUCCAGAAGCGAGACCCUACCAACAGCAAGUUCUGUUAUCGUCACCGCCCCGACGCAAAGUGUCGUCGCGCGGCCGAUGAGUCCAAGAUGGUCUUGAUUCAAAGUGAACUCGAUAAGCUGCCGUCUGCCGAUCAGCAAGCCAUCACACACGUGUGGUCCCUCUUCUCCGCCGCCCCCGCCAAGCACCGCGACCUCAUGCUGCAGGGUAUCAUCACUCAAUGCUGCUUCCCUCAACUAUCCACCGUUUCCCGAGAAGUACACGAACAGCUCAAGAUCGACUUCAUGGCUGCGCUGCCGACCGAGAUCUCAUACAAGGUUCUCGGCUACCUCGAUACUGUCUCCCUCUGCAAGGCCGCUCAAGUCAGCCGAAGGUGGCGGGACCUCGCCGACGACGACGUUGUCUGGCACCGCAUGUGCGAGCAACAUAUUGACCGCAAGUGUACCAAGUGCGGCUUCGGCCUUCCCCUCCUGGAGCGUAAGAGGCUACGAGACUGGAACAAGCAAAAGGAACUCGCCGAAGCUAGGAGCCUGCAACAGGAUGCUGCCGUACAAGAGGUCGAAGAGGUUGAAAAGACCCCGACAGCCUCGUCGCCCAACGCCAACAAGAAGCGAGAACUAGUUGUCCUCGACGACAGCCGAAAGCGUGCUUGCCUGAGCGACCCGGGCGAGCCCAUGGCACCCAAAGCCGGAGCAGACAAGGAGCGAGAACGUCUCAUUCGGCCGUGGAAGAGUGUCUACCGUGAUCGUUUCAGGGUUGGCUUCAACUGGAAGUACGGUCGAUGCCACAUCAAAACCUUCAAAGGACACGACAACGGCGUGACCUGCUUGCAAUUCGACGACGAGAUUCUUGCCACGGGAUCCUACGACGCCAAGAUCAAGAUUUGGAACAUUGAGACGGGAGAGGAGAUUCGCACUCUGAGCGGGCAUACGAUGGGCAUCCGUACCCUCAAGUUUGUCGGCAACAAGCUCUUCAGUGGUAGCUUGGAUCACACAGUCAAGGUGUGGAACUGGCAGACGGGUGACUGCAUCAGCACGCUACGUGGCCACAGCGAAGGUGUCAUCACGGUCGACUUUGAUGGAAAGUACCUCGCAUCGGGUUCCAUCGACAAGUCGAUUAAGAUCUUCAACUUUGACAGCAAGGAAACGUUCUGCCUCCGUGGCCACGAGGACUGGGUCAACCACGUCCGCCUGGACCCUGGAUCGCAGACGCUCUUCUCAGCCUCGGAUGAUUGCACUGUACGACUUUGGGAUCUGCGGAACAAGACAUGCAUCAAGACCUUCGAGGGCCACAUGGGUCAAGUGCAGCAGAUUCUGUUGAUGCCGGAAGACUUUGAGCCCGAUGAAGAGGCACUCGCUGGUGAUGGCGCCGAUAAUGUGUCAGUUCACAGCGGCAGCGGCCGGAGCACGACGCCGACGGCGUUUGCCAACGUGGCGUCGAUUCUCGGCUCUUCUUUCGGCGGAGGGGAUUCCGGUUCCCCACCGGAGGACGACCGGACGUCGUUUGGUUGCGCCUUCAACUCGGACCCCACCCGGCAGCUGCCGCCCCGCUAUAUGCUCACCGCCGGUCUCGACAACACGGUCAAGGUGUGGAACAUUCACACUGGCAAAUGCCUCCGCACCAUGUUCGGUCACGUCGAAGGUAUCUGGGGCCUCGUCGGUGAUACUUUGCGUAUUGUCACCGGCGCCAACGACUCCAUGGUCAAGGUUUGGGAGCCCAAGAGCGGCAAGUGUGAGCGCACCUUCACUGGCCACUCUGGCCCCGUCACCUGUGUGGGCUUGACCGACAGUCGCAUGGCCAGCGGAAGUGAAGACGGCGAGGUGCGCCUGUACAGCUUCGAGGCAGAAGCACCUCUCCUCGAGGAAUGUGGUACUCCAGCAUAA